AUGCCAUACGAGGACGAAGACUACUUCCUCCCGCUUGAAGAUCAGCGAGUCUUUGGCGCAGGUAUCACGCGUAAGCGUGUGCCGUUCGUGCGUUCCUCUGAGCUCUCGACACUCAACUCCGCACCCGCCACACCAGCUGCUACCGGGGCUAGCAUAGCGAAUACAUACCUCUCUAUUGUCAUGCCAAAGCAGGCAGCAACAUCAUCUUCCACUUCCACUACAACUACAGCUCCGACAUCAGAUUCUCUAUCUACUGCCACUCAACCCGCCGCAGACACUGCCGACGGCCGCAGCCACUCCGCGCCUCCGCCAAACCCAAGCCAGACGUGUGAAGUAUGCCAUCUCCCACUGUCUUCCUCCAUAGCUGCCGAUAAACCCCACGAAUCUUCUUUAGCGCACCAAGUCUGUCUCACGCAUUCACAUCCACCAUCUCACCUUGACCGUACCCGUCGCGGGCUUCGUUACCUCGAGUCUUACGGCUGGGAUCCAGAUAGCCGGUUGGGUCUAGGAGCUACUGGAGAAGGUAUCCGGGAACCGUUGAAGGGGAAAUUAAAGGCUGACACAGUGGGAUUGGGAGCCGUUCUUCCCUCUUCGGUGUCUGGACAGAGAAAGUCUAAGGAUAAGGUUCAGAAGUUGAAUGCGAAGCAGGUGAGGAAGGAGCAUCUGGAUGUAAAGAAGAAGGGGGAGAGACUACGAGAGUUGUUUUACCAAGAUGACGACGUGCUCAGGUAUCUUGGCACCGGCUAA